UCGGUCCUGGCAGGUAUACUAGUUGGUGCGUAUUUGUCAGCUCCAAACAAAAUAGUUAUUUAGAUAGUAGCUAAUGAGUAAAAAAAUUUUAUUUUCGCAUGCUCUAUACCAGGCCACCCUUGCUGUCAAUGCGUCCAGUAAUACCAAAUAUAUCAUACUCACAGACUCUCUAAGUUCGGUACAGUCAAUCCAAUAUGUCUACCCAUCUAAUCCUUUGGUUAUCAAAAUAAAACAAGAAGUUCAUACCGCUCAACUGAAUGGAAAAAUUAUCAUAUUCCUCUGGAUACCAUCCCAUAUUGGAAUUCAAGGAAAUGAAGAGGCAGACAACGCUGCAAAAGAAGCUGCAACUAGUGAUAGUGCGGAGUGUACGGAAACAUUUACGAGUGCGGAUGUGAAAGCGGCGGUCAAACGUAAAGUGCGGUAUAUGUGGGAAGAAAAGUGGAAAGUGUCAUCGGCCAAGCUACGCGAAAUUAAAAAAUCGAUAAAACCCUGGCCAACAUUACCAACAAGCCGGAGAGACCAGGUAAUAUUAACGCGACUCCGAUUGGGUCAUACGCGAUUAACUAAUAGUCAUGUUUUUUCCUACAAACAAGAACCAAGAUGUGACAACUGUGAAGAAAAGUUAACAAUCAAACAUUUAUUGGAGAAUUGCGCAGCAUUAACGCCAAAGCGCAUAUUGUACAAUAUACCAAACAAACUGAGUGACAUUUUAGGCCUACAGUGCAAUAUGUCAAAUUUAAAGAGGUUCCUAAGUGCAAUUAACAUUUUAUACAAUAUAUAAAAACACAAAUGUAUUAAAAAUUAUUGUUCACCACUAUUGUUUCGCUAAUAGCCAAUUUGGCUGAUGCGAUUUUUGUUAAUAAAAAAAAAAAAAAAAAAAAAAUUAUGUAUGUUAU